AGGUCACGGUGUCCUUCCACACGUGUUUGUCAGUGAUAUCCGCGGUAAGUAAGGAGCAGCAGACAGCACCGGGACUCCGCAGUCAUGUUGAAGUCUCUGAGCCGCGCCGUUCAGCUCGCAGCCCGCGUGUCCAGCAGCAUCGUGGCCGCUCCCGUCACACCCGCGGUCCGAUCCGCUUUAUAUCCCAGCAGAACCUUCACCAGAUCCAUCUGGAUGAUGAGCAGUAAUAGCGGCUCCAGGCCGAGGCUUCUCGCAUCUAAAGGACUUCUGCCAUCGGUGUCCUGCGGCUGCGGCUCUCUGCACACUGAAGGCGACAAAGCAUUUGCAGAGUUUCUCACGGAUGAAAUCAAAGAAGAAAAGAAAAUUCAAAAGAGCAAGAGUCUUCCUAAGAUGUCCGGCGGCUGGGAGCUGCAACUGAAUGGGACAGAAGCUAAACUGGUCCGGUCCAUCUCGGGAGAAAAAGUUACAGUCGCCUUUAAUGUGAACAGCAGUAUUCCACCUCAGCUGGAAGACGAACCUGAACAGGGACAGAAGGGACAGGAGACUGAGCCUGAUGUUGUCUCAACACCCAACUUUGUAGUGGAGGUGACUAAACAGGGGGCAUCCAAUUCACUAGUGUUUGACUGUCAUUUCCCUGAAGACGAGACUGGUCACGGUGAGGGCGAGGAGGAGAGCGACAUCUUUGCCAUCCGUGAGGUCAGUUUCCAGCUGGAGGGAGAAGAAGACUGGAAGGAAAACAGUUACACUCUAAACACAGACUCUCUGGACUGGGCAUUAUAUGACCAUCUGAUGGACUUUCUGUCUGACCGGGGUGUUGACAAUGCAUUUGCCGAUGAACUCAUCGAGCUAAGCACAGCGCUGGAACAUCAGGAGUACAUCAAGUUCCUGGAGGGUCUCAGUAGUUUUGUCAGUUGCAAAUAAUUUGUCAUUUUUGUUGUCCGGAUUGAUCUCCACUAUCUUCCGGUUCAUGUGGGUCUUUAAUGUGACAACACAAAGACUUGAUGUGUUUUGUAUUUAAUUUUAUAUAUUUUUUCCCAAUUUAUGUUGACUUAACUGUCAUUAGAAAUUUGACACAUUAUCAUUAAAGACAUCCAAAAAAAUGUAA